AUGUCUUUCCAAGGAAAUCAAUACUACGCAGAUUGAAUAACUCAUUGGAAAUGGUAGGUGAAUACUUCAUUUCCUAUGCUUCUCUUAACCGACUAUGAUCACCAAAAAGCUCGUCCCCAUUCACUCACUACUUUAAAAACCACCUUUACCGCACUUCACUUAUAUGCCUUUUUCUCUCCGUCUUAACUUUUAGAUCUUGCAAAACCCCCUACUGCGGCCAUCCCCCAUCCUUCAUGAUGCUAUAUAUAUGCAUUUAUCUGCUCUUGUCGCUCGCGUCUGCUGCUCUAGCAAACUGGGAGGCAUUAUUAGGAAGCGAUAUUUGUCAACAAAUCCAAGGCAAUAUCACUGGCGAUGUCUAUCUUCCCCUGGAUUUGACGCUUAAUUAUGCAUCUGAAAUCGAACAUUGGAUGACUUCAAGCACUCAGAAUCCUGCAUGCACGGUAAAAGUCGCCAAUGAUGAGGAUGUUUCUACUGUCUUGAAGAUUAUUGCAGCCAAUCGACAACCAUUCGCCGUGAAGUCGGGAGGCCAUGCAAGCAAUCCUGGCUACUCUAGUACUACUGGUGUCCAUAUCUCGCUAGCAAACUUGACCCAGGUCACACUUUCUGAGGAUAAAAGUACAGUGGUUUUAGGAACCGGAAGCGUAGGUUCUUCCCGUCUUCUCGAAAGGCUCCGCUUAUCCAUCAAGUAUUGACACAUUUAUAGAUCUGGACUGAUGUUUUCACGGCGAUUGACGGAUCCGGUGUUAACGUUGUGGGUGGGCGUGUCGUUGGACCCGGUGUCGGUGGCUUCACUCUUGGAGGAGGUUAUUCCUGGCUAACAGACCAAUACGGCCUGACCUGUGACACAGUUGUCUCCUUCAACCUUGUUCUACCAAAUGGCACCAUAACCACUGUUGAUUCCACGAACCCCGACCUCUUUUUUGCCCUUAAAGGUGGUCUAAAUCGAUUCGGGAUUGUCACGAGUGUCGUUCUCAAAACAGUUCCACAGGUGCCCAUGAUCUACGGUGGUUUUAUCAUGUACGGGCUUGAUGCAAUUCCCGAUCUCAUCACCGCCACUGAUAAAUUUCAAAACGAGAAUACCGAUCCCAAAGCCCAAGUCAUACUCACCAUCAACAAUGGUCUAAUUCAAGGUGCCAUCCUUAUUAUGUUCUACGAUGGCCCAGAUCGACCUGCAGCUUUUGAUCCAUACAACAACGUCAGAAGCCUCCCGAUCAUAUCUGAUGUCAAAAAACAAUCUUUCGCAUCAUUCGCCAAAGUUACCCCGUCCAAUCUCCAAGCGGGGUACAGGGGGUCUUUUCAUUCCAUGAUGACUACUGGUCUAACAGAGGGAUUCAUGAAAGCAGUUCAUAAUGAAUCUGUCUUUUAUGGAGCAAUUGCCAUUCUUCAUGGUGGCACAUUCCUCAAUUACGAGAUUGAGCCUUUCCUCGACUAUGGGAAAUACGCCACAGAUUCCGCUUUUCCUCAUGAAAAAUCCCCAAUACCAUUGAACGUCUAUUUCGCGUGGACAUCGCCAUCGGAAGAUGCAUAUUGGAGAGGCCUUCUGCAACAGACUAUCUCCCAUCUCACUGAUGUAGCUAAAAGUGAGGGAAUUCAUUCCGAGGAUCUGUAUACAUAUCCAAACUAUGCUUUGAGUACUUAUAACGGUGACCGAAUCUAUGGCCCAACAAAUGCAGCGAGGUUGAGAGAGAUCCGAGAGAAGUAUGAUCCCGAUGGAGUAAUGCUGCUUGCUGGAGGAUUUGAUAUCUGAGAGUAUUACCAGGGCUUGAGGCCUUGGGUUAGCUCUCCGUGCAUGGUUUUCUCGGUGGGAUGAUAUGAGGCGGCUCAAUGCGCCUGGUAUCAUGUGGAGAGGGGAAAGAGAGAACGUUAAAGGGGUCGCCUGAACGGUGAUUUUGAAAUGAAAUAUUGUUGGAUACAGGAAAAUUUGUUUUCAUUAGUUUGGAGGAUGAUCUUGGAAUAAUUAUUGAUGUAGUGAUGUAAAAAGUUUGAAUCGGCAGGCAUGACUUGAUAGUGUAUCUUAAAUUCAUUGUCAGUCUGCAGCUGUGGUAUUUGGUAAUGAAUAGCAAUAAUAGAUAAAUUAUAAUUUAAUUGGCACCACACAUUUGACA